UAUGCAAAAACCUAUAUAAUGUAAGAUUGUCACUUUAGGUGAUUAUGCUGUUGGCAAAAGUAGCUUGAUAUAAAGAUUCACUAAAAAUGAUUUUACUGAUACAAGAACAUAAACAGUGGGAGCUGAAUUUUCUCCAAAAUAAAUUAUAAGAGAUGGUAGAUUAAUAGAAUUAUAGAUUUGGGAUACGGCAGGUCAAGAAGUUUACAGAAGCAUUGCCAAAUUAUAUUAUAUGGGUAUUAAAUGAUAUAUAUAAAUUAGAUGCUAGUUUUGCUAUUAUUGUUUAUGAUGUAACAAAACCUAAAUCUUUUGAAGUACUUAAAUUUUGGUUGGACAAAUUAUUUGAAGAAGGAUUGAAUGAUAUUAGUAUUCUUGAUUUCAUAUUAAAUUUUAGCCAAGUUCAUUAUAGCAAAUAAAAUUGAUUUAGAAUCUUAGGUUCCUUUAGAGGAAGUUAAACAAUAUGCUAAUUCAUUUGAUCCAAAAAUAGAAGUUUUUGAAACAAGUUGUAAACAGAAUAUUGGUGUUUUUGUAUGAAUUUUUAAUAUUUUUUAGGAAUUAUUCAAUCAUAUUGGUGAUUUGGUAAAUGAAAAAGAAAAAUUAUAAUAAUAAAAAAAAAGAGAAGAGAAACCAGCAAUUAAAAUUGGAAGCUCUGAUAAUAGGAAUGAUUCUGAAAAUUCGUGUUGUUGA